UUACUCUUUUCAGAAUCUUUCUUUUGAGACUAAAUAAGUACAAAGUUUAACUCUAGCUGACCAACUCAAUUCGAGGGUUACAAUCAUUCUGCCUGCUUAGUGUUGGAAAUCGGUCUUUCUCUCUCUCAGCGAAGAUGGUAGGGUUGAUCCCACAUGAGGGAGUAGGGUACCAAUUGGGGGCUUGAACUUGGUUCAUUGGGUUGGUCUUACACCUCCGUAAUAGCUCAAACUGACCCAACUUCUACUCUCCAUGCUACCUGACUCGAACAAAGGGCCCUCACAUGUGGCUUUUAGAAGAAGAUAGAAAAUACUUGAGUUUCUCUCGAAGAACAGUAAACUGUCUCUGAAAAAGCUUUGCAACACAAACGAUUUAAUGCAACGAUCAAAUCCCACUAGAAACUCAACAAGAAAAAACUUAACAAAGGACUUUUAUUUUGGAUAACUAGAAGUGCAUUGGAAGAUUGUAAGAUCGUUGUCUAUUUUCAAGUAUCGACCAACAUUCUAAAAUUCCACAGUUUAUUAUCUUUAAACUGUGGGAAUAUUUCUGCUGCGUCAACGAAGCUAAUAUUCAAAUACAUUAAAAGAAAUGAAAAAUAAAGUAAUUAAAUCUAGAUAGUAUGAUCUAUUGAUAAAUAUGGCGGUUACGUACAUGGCGAAUUCAUGGAGAUAAUCGAUUAUUUGAUUGUCAUACUGAUCGAUUAUGAAAAAAUCGAGUAGUGGAGAAUCGAUCAUUAUAAAAUCGAUUGUCUGAGAAUCGAUAAUUUGCUCAUCGAGUAGUACCCAUGAGAGCUAUAUUCACGAGUAAAAGUAAAAAAAUGCGAAACAGACAUCGACGCCGCGGCCGCAGUCCCACUAGUGACAGUCUGAAGUCAAAGCACGACAGGAUCGACCCCAAAAUGACUGUUCACAAUUUGUAUAUAUUCUCGAGAACAGGGACGUUAUUGUAUUACAGCGAGUGGAACAGACUGAAUAAGUCUGGCAUAACAAAAGAGGAGGAGGCAAAGUUGAUGUACGGAAUGCUGUUCUCGAUAAAGUCAUUCGUCAACAAAAUAUCUCCCCUGGACUCCAAGGAAGGAUUCCAGUAUUAUAAAACCAGCAAAUACACUUUACACUAUCUGGAGACACCCUCAGGAUUGAAAUUUGUGUUGAAUACGGACAACGCAGCGCAGAAUGUCAGAGAACUACUCCAACAACUUUAUUCCCAGGUUUAUCUGCCAUACGUCGUUAAAAAUCCAAUAGCUCAGAUGAAUGAGCCCAUCCAGAGUGAAUUAUUCAAGAUCAAAGUCGAUGAACUAAUGAAGAAAUCACCUGUAUAUUUGUGUAGGUCAUUGUAAAUUAAAUUAAGGUAUAAAUAAAUUUUAUACGUAAGAUUAAAUAAAUUUAAGGGUUGAAAAUAUUGUAAACAGUGAAAAAAAUGAUGGACAAUAGAAAAUCUAUAAUUAA